UUGGUAUCCACGGCGUGACGUCUUGUGCGUAGAGUAGCUGGAGACCUCGGCGCAUGCGCACUCUGGAUAUCGACGGCAGACCGGGCACAGAUGCCAUGGAUUCGGUGACAGUGUGUAGCGGCUCGGGGUUACAAGCCUAAUCCUGGUGUGAAGUUGUCCAUUCACCAUGGCUCAGUUUGGAGGACAGAAGACCCCUCCGCCAUGGGCCACUCAAUUCACAGCAACCGCAGUAUCUCAGCCAGCUCCACUAGGAGUCCAGCAGCCAUCAUUACUUGGGACGUCCCCCACAAUCUACACUCAGCAAUCUGCCCUUGCCGCUGCCGGCCUCAGUACCCCCUCUCCAGCAAACUACCAGCUCACUCAGACCGCAGCAUUACAGCAGCAAGCAGCAGCCGCAGCUGCUGCAGCGGCACUUCAGCAGCAAUAUUCCCAACCUCAGCAGAUUUACAGCGUGCAGCAACAGUUGCAGCAGCCGCAGCAGACUCUGAUAACUCAGCCUGCUGUUGCCCUGCCUACAAGUCUCGCCUUGUCUACACCCCAGCAGGCUGCACAGAUAACGGUCUCGUACCCCACACCAAGGUCCAGUCAGCAACAGACUCAACCCCAAAAACAGCGUGUAUUCACUGGAGUUGUAACAAAGCUACAUGAAACAUUUGGCUUUGUGGACGAAGAUGUUUUUUUCCAGCUGACCGCUGUUAAAGGAAAGUCUCCACAGGUUGGAGAUCGAGUUUUAGUGGAAGCCACUUAUAAUCCUAACAUGCCAUUUAAAUGGAAUGCACAGAGGAUUCAGACGCUCCCUAACCAGAAUCCAGCUCCAGCACAGCCUUUAAUAAAGAACCCACCAGCGGUUAUGCCUCCUGUACCACAACAGCCUGCUUAUGGGGUGCAGACUCAGCCCCCACCGCAAGCACAAACUCUGUUGCAGGCACAGAUUUCUGCUGCAUCUCUGAAUCCAUUGCUUCAAGCACAGCCAUCUCCCCUAUUACAGCAGCAACCACCAAAAGCUGGUUUGUUGCAGACCCCAGUUCGCAUUGUGUCUCAGCCACAGCCAGUUCGCAGAAUUGAGCCACCAUCAAGAUUCUCUGGUAGAAGUGAUAGAGGAGAUGUCAUAUCCAGUAGAAAAGAUGACAGAAAUCGAGAUAGAGAACGGGACCGGCGCAGAUCACGUGACCGCUCACCUCAGAGAAAACGCUCAAGAGAAAGAUCUCCACGCCGUGAAAGAGAGCGGUCACCUCGCAGACCUAGGCGGGUGGUGCCCCGUUACACUGUACAGUUCUCUAAGUUCUCCUUGGACUGCCCAGGAUGUGACAUGAUGGAACUGAGGCGGCGUUAUCAGAACCUGUACAUUCCCAGCGAUUUCUUUGAUGCCCAGUUUACCUGGGUGGACGCUUUUCCUAGCUCUCGGCCAUUCCAGCUUGGAAGUUACAGUAAUUUUUAUGUAAUUCACAAGGAAGUGGAUCCACUUGAGAAAAAUACUGCUAUUCUGGAUCCUCCUGAUGUAGACCAUACAUACAGUGCUAAGGUCAUGCUACUGGCUAGUCCUGCUUUGGAAGAUUUGUAUCACAAAUCUUGUGCCCUUGCAGAAGAUCCGGUGGAGGUUAGAGAAGGUUUCCAGCACCCAGCAAGACUAAUAAAGUUUUUAGUAGGAAUGAAGGGUAAGGAUGAGGCAAUGGCAAUUGGAGGACACUGGUCUCCCUCCUUUGACGGUCCAGAUCCAGACAAAGACCCUUCUGUGCUCAUCAAAACAGCUGUCCGAUGUUGUAAGGCUCUGACUGGCAUUGAUCUGAGCUUGUGUACACAGUGGUAUCGUUUUGCAGAGAUUCGCUACCAUCGCCCUGAGGAGACCCACAAGGGGCGUUCGGUUCCUGCUCAUGUGGAGACAGUGGUUUUAUUUUUCCCGGAUGUUUGGCAUUGCCUUCCCACCCGCUCAGAGUGGGAAAACCUGUGCCGAGGAUACAAGCAGCAGCUGGCCGACAAGCUUCAGGGUGAACGCAAGGAGGCUGAUGGAGAACAGGAAGAAGAGGAUAAAGAUGACGGGGAUGCAAAAGAGAUCUGUACUCCUACCCAUUGGUCAAAACUUGAUCCCAAGGUGAUGAAGGUAAAUGAUCUGCGUAAAGAGCUUGAAAGUCGAACUCUAAGUUCUAAAGGGUUAAAAUCUCAGCUAAUAGCUCGAUUAACAAAGCAACUCCGCAUAGAAGAACAAAAAGAGGAGCAGAAGGAGCAAGAAAAAUGUGAAAAAGAAGAUGAGGAGGAGGAGGAAGAACAUAAAUCUGAGGAUGACAAGGAGGAAGAGGAAAGAAAACGGCAAGAAGAAGUGGAGCGUCAGCGACGGGAAAAAAGAUACAUACUUCCUGAUGAGCCAGCAAUUAUUGUUCAUCCAAACUGGUCAGCCAAAAAUGGGAAGUUUGACUGCAGUAUCAUGUCCCUAAGCGUCCUCUUGGAUUACCGGAUAGAGGACAAUAAAGAGCACUCAUUUGAGGUAUCACUCUUUGCUGAACUAUUCAAUGAAAUGCUUCAGAGGGACUUUGGAGUUCGCAUAUACAAAGAGCUUUUAGCUCUCCCUGAACGGGAUGAGAAAAAAGAAAAGAAGAUUAAGAAGGAAGAGAAAAAGGAAAAGAAAGAUGAUGAAGAUGAUGAACCAAAAACCAAACGAAGAAAAUCUUCAGAUGAGAAAGUUAGAUCAGAAGAAAGAGAUGAAAGAAAGAAGGAGGACCGGAAAAGAGAAGAUUACCGAGAUGAUGAAGAAAUAGAUGAGGAUAACCAAGAAGAUUAUGAAGCCAUAGCAGCAGAAGAGGAUGACGGUGACUAUGAGGAUCGAGAUGAUGAUGACGAUGACUCUAGCACCAAGGAGAAGCGCGAGGACAAGAAAGACAGCAGAAACAGCAAGGAAUGGGCAAAGGAUAAGGAGAAAGAGAAGAAGCAUAUGAUCACAGUCAAUAAAGAUCUUCUCAUGGCAUUUGUAUAUUUUGAUCAAAGCCAUUGUGGCUAUUUAUUGGAAAAGGAUUUAGAGGAAAUCAUCUACACACUUGGACUGCAUCUCUCGAGGGCUCAGGUGAAAAAACUCUUCAGUAAAGUAUUGCUGAAAGAAACCUGCCACUACCGCAAGCUAACAGACACUUGUACUGAUGAUGGAAGCCAUGAGGAGCUGGAGUCCAUCCAGGAUGACAUUCUAGGAAAUCGAUUGUUUUUGCCAUCAAAAGUUGUAAGAUCUGGAGUAUCUGCUGAGGAAGAAAAAAGUGGCCUUAUUGUCUACAAAGGUGCAAUGGUCGAUAUUGGAAGUCUUUUGCAAAAAUUAGAAAAGAGUGAAAAGGCUCGGGCUGAGUUAGAACAGAGGCUACAGACUAUUCAGAGCAAAACAGAGGAAGAUGAAAAGUCAAUUUCUCAGUUAGAGGUUUCUAAUAAAAGUUUGUCUGGAGAGCUGAAAGACACAAAAUGUGAUCUUGGCCGCUUACGUGAGAGUCUGAAAGCCCUGGAAGACACAAACUGUCAGUAUGAGGACCAACUAAAUAAAACCCUGAAAGACCUGUCUGCCACAAUGGAGGGGAUCCAGAGUGUUCUCAACAAGAAUCCAGCAACAUCUGAAGAUCAGAAGGUAAAGGAAAAUGGAGCCAGCUUUUGAUGUAUCUUUCCCUCCUGUGUUGGAGAGAGAAUAAUAAUGUUAAAUAAUAUAAUCCAAAUCUUGGUUUAGGAGUGAAGAGAGGUGGGAUGUAGUUUUACUUGCUAUUUAAUGGAAAGAAGUUGUGUAUAUAGUUUUAUGAAUGUGUGAUGAGCCGCCUCUACAUCAUUGCCUGCAACUGACAAGACAAAAGCAGAAUAUACAUAUUUUGGAAUUAAGGAAACGCUUCAUGUCAGCAAAAUAACUAAAUAGAUUGUGUAAUAAAAUGGAUCCUCUAUAUAUUUUUCCUUUUGUUAUCCCUUUCACUUUUUAUGUACAUAUUAAAAAGAAAUCUAAAAAUC